GCUGUCAAUUUCCCGCCUUAAUUCGAUCCCGCAGCUGUGAAAAACAUGCAGCGCGUAAAGAGCUAAGAGCUCUCUGUUAGAAGAAAGUGCAAUCAAAAGCAAAUCCGACAAAAUGCAACGCGCAAUAAGGGCCAAUUAAGUGCCACAACAACAACAAUCCAAUUGCAAAUUAUAGCGGCGCUUGGUUGCCGCCAAUUGAGAAUUAGGCAAUAAUUUAUUAUUAUUUUUUUUUUACAACAAUUUUUGUUUGUGUGUCUUUGUGCCCAUUGGUUACUCUUCAAUUGGCGCCAUAAAAUGUUCAUACAGGAUCUGAAGAAUGACUUUUACAGACAACUGAUUGGCAAACGCAUCCUGAUCAUAGUCAACUAUGAUGUGGACGCCAUCUGCGCCAGCAAAAUCCUGCAGUCGCUCUUCAAAUACGAUCACAUGCUGUACACCGUGGUGCCCAUAAUGGGCAUAACGGGAUUGAGACGUGCCUACUCCGAGCACCAGGGCGACGUCAAGUAUGUGCUGCUAGUGAACUGUGGCGGCUGCGUGGAUAUUGUGGAGCUGCUGCAGCCGACGGAGGAUGUCACAUUCUACAUAUGUGAUUCACAUCGUCCGCUGGACGUUUGCAAUGUUUACAGUGAUCGACAGGUGUGCAUUUUGGGUGAUCCCGCGCUGGAGGAGAACAUACCGGCCUUUGAGAGUAUAUUCUAUGACUCGGAUGGAGAGGAUGACGAUGAGGAUGAUGCUGACAGCGGUGCCUGCGAUUCGGAUGCUGAUGGAGACGGCGACGGCGAUAGUGUGGAGCGGGAAGGUGCUCCCAAACUGAGUCGAAUGCAGCGACAUGAGCAGCGUGUGAUGCGACAACGAGCGCGACGACAGUGGGAAUUGGAGCGGGAUCGAAUCAUGUUUGACUAUACACAAUUUAGCUACUAUGGACGAUCGACGGCGCUGCUCAUCUUUGAACUGGCCUGGAAGCUGUCCAAGGACAACAUGGAUCUGCUGUGGUGGGCAAUCGUUGGAAUCAGCGAGCAGCUGCUGCUGGGCAAGAUCGAGAGUGGCGCCUACACGCUGGAGCUGGAACACAUACAGUCACAUGUGUCGCGUCUGACCAACAAGACAAAUGAUCAAAACACAAUGAGCGCCUCCAAGAUCAGCUUUGAAAACGAUCUGCAUCUGGUGCUCUACAGACACUGGACCGUAACCGAGUCCAUGCGGUAUUCCCGCUAUUCUGCCUGUCAGCUGAAACUGUGGACGUUGCGGGGGGAGAAGCGUCUGCACGAGCUGCUCGUCGAGAUGGGACUGCCGCUGGUGCAUGCACGACAGACGUACAGCGCCAUGGAUUUGGUGCUGCGCAAGGAAUUCUACACCAUGGUGGAGCAACUGGCCGAGAAGUACUCCAUUCCGGACAUUGUCUAUGGCACAUUCACACUCAGCUACGGCUAUCGAAGUCGCUAUGCUGCUGCCGACUAUGUCUACGCCCUGCUGGCCAUACUCCAGUCAAUUAAGAAGCACAAGACUCCCGAGGAUUGCUUUAUGGAGGCAUCGGAUGCAUUGACGCGACAACACAAAGAUCUACUCAAUGGCGGCAUUGACAAUGCCAAAUUGCUGCAUGCGGCAAUCUUUCGGCAGGUUCAAAGUUGCCUGGAGGCGCAUCAGGUCCACUCGACUGGCUCCUUUUUCUACUAUGUGCUGCAGGAGGAGCACGCCUUCUUCUCGUAUCCAUAUGCGCUGGCGCUGCUGGCCAAAUUCGUGUUGCACGGCCAUGUGGCGACGACGAGAGCAAGACAGGCGCCCGAUCUUCCACUGAUUGCCACCUGCCCACUGGAUGCGGCACAGGGCAUGUGUCUGCUAGUGGGCAUUGCACCGGUGCGUGAAGAUUCACCCAAGAACUUCUUUGGCAAGGCAUUUGACCAGGCGGCCCAAAAGAGCAAGACCAGCCUGCUGCAGGACUUCUUUGAGCCGUCCAUUGUCCAGUUGCGCCAGAGUGACCUAACUCGAUUUCUAGAUGCGUUGACCGUGCUAUUGACUUAAGUUCCACUCUCCAGCUCCUGCUCAGCUGCUAUCUUGAGAUGUAGCCCAUAGAAUAGACUCUAAGAACAUUUAAUUAACCAACGACUAAACAAUCUAAUUUAAUAUUAAUCUAAUUUAUAAACGACAAAUUGUUUUUAUUAUGACAGCUCCUUUUUUUUUUGGCCGUCGCCGCGUUUAGGACUAUUAUAAAUAAGAUACGAAAAGAUAUGCAUAUGUAACUUAAGAUAAUGCGAUUGAUAUUUAAGAUUUCAAAAUUUGUAAAACGGACCUUUUAAUUUAAAUACCUACAAAUAUAAUUAGUUUGUGCUUAAGGAAUGAAAAUAUUUAGAAGUAAUUCAAGUCGUGCGAUCGAUGCGUUCGUUUUGAAAUUGUUUAGAGCAGACUUUAAAUAUAGUACAACUUGUGUUUAUUAUAGCAA